GCCCGGUAGGGGACCCUGUCCCCACACUAUUCACUGCCCUGUCCUCUCCCACCCUUCUAAAAUGUCUAAUAGACUCCAGAGCGCCUUUCUGGAAACCUCAGAGGAAAAUUCAGGCUCGCAUUGACCCAGUGUGAGAUGGCACCGAUGUUAAAAAAAAAAAAAAAUACUGAAGAAAGAAAUAACAAGAAAUAUUCUCAAGGAAGUAAUACUAAGACUGAUGCUGAAUUUAAAAAGCUAUUUGGUCUCACUAAAGAAUUGAGAGUGUGUCUUACUCGGAUCCCUGACUGUCUGGGCUCUAUAAAAGGUUGUGAUUCCUUUAGCAGUUUAAUGAAGAGUAAUAGUUCUUACAAAGAUGCAGAGUUUGUGGUGAAGGAAGAAGAAACAAAACAGAGUUUUUCUAAGAAAAGAAAAGCAAAAUCCAUUAAGAAGAUGGAUUACACAAAAAGGAGAAAAAUUAAGAAAGCUAGUAACACAGUCAUGAAUGGAACUGAUGCUUCCAGUUCCCAACUUCUUAGUAUUUUACCAACAUCAGAUAAUCCGCAACACAACAUUGUCGCAAGCCAUAGCACAACCAGGGAAGACAAGAGAACUGAGGUAGAAAACUGCUCCCAUGAGAAGCAAGACAAAAGCAUAUUAAGUUCAAGUGCAUCUUUUGGACAAAGUAAUUGUUUCAGUAAAAGCUAUAUGGAAGAUAUUUUUCUAUUGCCACCACCAGAAUUAGAAGAAACCAUCAGAGAUGAAAAAAAUAAGAAGACUUAAGCAGAUUGUAAGAGAGAAAGAAGCAGCUCUUGAAGAAAUGCGUAAGAAGAUGCACCAAAAACAAUAAAAUGUCUAGGAUUUAAUGACUUGUACUACUACAGUAGUUCCCUCUUACCUUCUGGGGAUACUGUUAAGACCUCUCCCUCCCC